CCCGCCGCCCUCCGCCCCGCCGUCGCCGCCCCGCCCAGCUCCGCCCAGCCCCGCCGCCCGCCGCCCGCCGCCGCCGCCGCCACCUCAUCUCACCCUACCUUCUCUCGAUCCGUUCCCUCACCAGCGACGGGAUCUCGCCGGAGCCGGAGAUACAUUAGAAGAAAUAAAUGAAUAUAUCAGCCUUGUUCCAACACAAAGUUAGAAAAAAAAACUUUUCAUGCUUGUUCCAACACAAAGUUUAAAGCUACUUUUUCAUUGAUGUGACGGAUUGAUGGUCUGGUGAAAGACUUACAAGACUACAAAUUGAUUUCAAGCGCUUGCUUUGUUAAUUCGCUUAUGUUCAACGAUGCUCCUCCAUGCUAAGGAGUCACUUAAGAAGAUGUAUCCUGUUGCAAAGAACUACCUUGGAGGGCUGCUCCCAGCACAUUCAUUUUCAGUGUCUGAUCUUGUUUAUCCUUCAAGAUCUUCAAACAGAGCUUCUAGGCAUGCUAUUCCAUUCAAGGCUCGUUUGUUUACGAAAUGUUCGCUUGAGAGAUGUUCAGCUGACCAAGAGAUCGUGAUUGCUAUGGGAAGUAAUGUGGGUGAUAGAGUCAGCACAUUUGACAGGGCAUUGCAGCUGAUGAAAAACUCGGGCGUGAUCAUCACUAGGCAUGCCAAUCUCUAUGAGACUGCCCCUGCUUAUGUGACCGAUCAGCCACGGUUUCUUAACUCUGCCAUUCGGGGCACAACUAGGCUCAGUGCGCAUGAGCUUCUUAAAAGGCUAAAAGAAAUUGAGAAGGAUAUAGGCCGCACUAGUGGAACAAGGUACGGCCCAAGGCCUAUUGAUUUAGACAUACUUCUAUACGGUAACUACGAGAUCAAUAGUGAGACUCUAAUUGUGCCGCAUGAGCGCAUCCAUGAGAGACCAUUUGUUUUAGCACCUCUUGUAGACCUUUUAGGUGCAUCCGGUGAUGAUGGUAUCGAAACAAGUUGGCACUCUCUUUCGAAGUGCAGUGGUGGUUUCUUUAAAUUAUGGAAUAAACUUGGAGGUGAAUCUAUAAUUGGAACAGAUUGUAUCAAAAGGGUAUUGCCUGUUGGGAAUCGUUUGUGGGAUUGGUAUGAGAGAACCCUCGUCAUGGGGGUCCUUAAUCUAACACCAGACAGCUUUAGUGAUGGAGGCAAGUUUCAACAAGUGAAGGCUGCCAUUUCUCAGGCUAAGUUAUUAAUCUCAGAAGGUGCAGAUAUAAUUGAUAUUGGUGCUCAAUCUACCAGGCCCUUUGCAAAGAGAUUAUCUCCAAACGAAGAACUUGAGAGAUUGGUUCCUGUUCUGGAUGAGAUUAUGAAAAUUCCCGAGAUGGAGGGCAAGUUGCUCUCGGUGGAUACAUUCUAUGCAGAAGUUGCUAGUGAAGCUGUGAAAAGAGGAGUUCACAUGAUCAAUGAUGUAUCCGGUGGACAGCUUGACCCCAAAAUUCUUAAAGUUGCUGCUGAACUUGGAGUUCCGUAUGUUGCAAUGCACAUGAGGGGAGAUCCAUCAACUAUGCAAAGUGAACAAAAUUUACAUUAUGAUGAUGUCUGCAAGGAAGUUGCUUCUGAGCUAUAUGCGCAGGUGAGAGAAGCUGAGUUAUCUGGGAUUCCAUUGUGGAGGAUAGUUCUAGAUCCAGGCAUUGGGUUCUCCAAGAAAUCCAAACAUAACCUUGAAGUAAUUAUGGGAUUGGAAUCCAUUAGGAAGGAGAUGGGUUCAAUGAGUAUAGGUGCUUCACAUGUGCCAAUAUUACUGGGACCCUCAAGGAAAAGAUUUUUAGGUGAAAUAUGCAAUCGUGCCAAUCCAGUUGAGAGAGAUGUUGCUACUGUUGCAGCUGUGACAGCUGGGAUUUUGAAUGGAGCUAACAUAGUAAGGGUCCAUAAUGCUGGAUAUGGUGCAGAUGCUGCAAAAGUUUGUGAUGCAUUGCAUAAGGGAAGAAGAUGGGAAGAGUAGAUUGAGCCACCUGAUCAAACAGAUACCGAACUCUGAUUUUAUACAAUAAAAUGGUGAUGCAGCAUAGUUACUCUGCUGCUCAAUGGGAUUCUCAUAUUACAUCAUUUCUGGAGUAUCUUGUUGUAAUAAACCAGAGAUGAUGUUUUUCUUGUAUGAUCUCCUUUCUAAAUUCUUCAAUGAAGCAUGUGUUCGACUCAGAUCA